CGCGCCCGCCCCCGCCCAGCGCCGAUCAUGCCGCCAGAGCCGGCUCCGGCUCCGACUGCCCGGGAAACGGCAGCCUAGGACAAGGUGGCUGCUAAGUGACACUGAUUCUCCCCGCCCCGCCUGACCCCCGGGAGAGAGGCGCGCCCCCCCGGCCGCGUGACGGGGUGGGGAAGCGGGGAGUGAAUUCGGAUCCUCCGGGGAGGGGGGAGUGGAAGUUCCGCCCCGGACCUUGGCGAGACGGCAGCCACAGAGUUGAUUAUGGAAGAUUCCCACAAGAGUAACACUUCAGAGACAGCAUCUCAACCUGGUUCAACUGUUCAGGGCGCUCAUAUUUCUCAUAUUGCUCAACAGGCAUCGUCUUUAUCAGAAAGUGAGGAAUCUCAGGACUCAUCUGACAGUAUUGGCUCCUCCCAGAAAGCCCACGGAAUCCUAGCACGACGCCCUUCUUACAGAAAAAUUUUGAAAGACCUAUCUUCUGAAGAUACCCGGGGCAGAAAAGGAGACGGAGAAAACCCUGGAGUUUCUGCUGUCACUUCUAUGUCUGUUCCAACUCCCAUCUAUCAGACUAGCACCGGACAGUACAUUGCCAUUGCCCCAAAUGGAGCCUUACAGCUGGCCAGUCCAGGCACAGAUGGAGUUCAAGGACUUCAAACAUUAACCAUGACAAAUUCAGGCAGUACUCAACAAGGUACAACAAUUCUGCAGUAUGCACAGACCUCUGAUGGACAGCAAAUACUUGUGCCCAGCAACCAGGUGGUUGUACAGACUGCAUCAGGAGAUAUGCAGACAUACCAGAUCCGUACUGCACCUUCAACUACUUCACUGCCACAGACUGUAGUGAUGACAUCUCCUGUGACUCUUACAUCUCAGACAACUAAGACAGAUGACCCCCAAUUGAAAAGGGAGAUAAGGUUGAUGAAAAACAGGGAAGCUGCUCGAGAAUGUCGCAGAAAGAAGAAAGAAUAUGUGAAAUGCCUGGAAAAUAGAGUUGCAGUCCUGGAAAAUCAAAAUAAAACUCUAAUAGAAGAGUUAAAAACUUUGAAGGAUCUUUAUUCCCAUAAAAGUGUUUGAUUCUUAGAAAGAAAAUACUCAUGGACUUGCCUAAAAAUUAGAUGAAUUUCCUUUAUUUUUAGUGGAGUUUUAUAAAUUAAAAGGUCAGAAAUGAAGCUUUUACUAUAGGCUUUUUCAACUCAAAGAUAAAUAUGUUAUGCAAGCGAUCUGGUGGCAGAGGAUAAAGUGGAACAUGAUCUCGCAGCAGUAGCUGGCACAACUGGAACCGGUAAAAAGUAAAUUUGUUCAAGAAGCAGGAAACGAAUUUUCAGCAAUUUCAAUUUUCUAAAUACCAGCAGUGGUCAGUAACCCAACAUUGGCAGGUAGAGUGAAAUCUGGUAAAUUGAAUUUUUUAAAAAUCAGUUUACCCUAUAGUUUUGCAUUUCUUACUGUUUCCUAAAAUUUGCCCUUUUCAAUUGUGUAUUCCUGCCAAUAAAUUCUAAAUUACAAAUAUAAAAGAAAAGCUAAUACAUACUAGAUAUAUAAAUUAUGUGUUCUGAUUGUUUUAUUGUCAGGUGUUUUAAAUGGUUUUUUAAAAGUUUAUGGAACUUAGGUUGUUGAGCCCUGGUUAACUGUUUUUGAGACUUUGUCCUAAGAGGCAUCUGAGGUACAUGAAACAGUGUGGAGUUUUAUAACUUUAUUUUUUUUUUUAUCAGAAUGAAAUGAGAACUGUUUAAAAGUUUACUUUUAAAUAGUUUGGUUUUUCGCUUAUCUCUACAAAUAUGUAAUAAAUUGUUUUUUGAUUCUAUAUUCUGUCUACAGUUGAAUAUACCUUAUUCUGUUGUGCUUUAAUAGGAUGGAAUGUUUACAGGCCCUUGAGAUGAUAUUAGAGUAUUUUUUAAAAACUGAAGAUAUACCAAAGUUUUCCAAGAGGAUAUUAUAAUCAAUUUAAGGUUUUAUCAGAUUCUAAAAUAGCAGUUAUUAAGGCAAUUUUAUGUUAGAGACUAUUUUGUAAAGUAGUGAAUGGUACAUUUAUAAGAAAAGCAACUGCCAAUAUAUUUUUAUAGCUAAUCUUUACAAAUUCUAAUGUUGAGUUUUUAAAUGAUUAUUUUAAAUGUUUAUAUAGUUUUAGUAAAAAUAUUUUGCAUCUCAAAGUAUGAUUUUUAUAUUAUGGGAAGUAAAGUUUCUUGAUUGGCUAAUAUUUGAAUUGUAAGUUUUAUAUGCAACUUAUCCAAAGUUCAAAACUGCUAUCAGUACACCAGUGUUUAACUUCUGUAUUCCAUAUGACAUACAUUUUGAAACUGUACUGCAUAACUAUUGUGCACUUCUUACACAAUAUGUAUCAUAUUGUCUAUGAAAUUAAAAAACAUUUGAUAAAGUUGUUUGCUGAAUGUAAAAUAUAUUGCUUAAUAUAUGGAUAACAAAUUUCCUGAUGAUCAUUCUGUUAAUUAUAAUUGCAGUUUGACUAGCA